AUGCUCGCCAUCCGCCAGUCCCUCGCGCGGCGCUCCCUCGCGCCGUCGGCGCGCGCGCUCUCCGCGGCGGCGGUCGAGGAGCCGCUCGCCAAGCCCGACUCGCCGAACUUCUCCAGCGGCCCCUGCGCGAAGCGCCCGGGCUGGAGCCCGGCGGUCUACGGCUCGGCGCCCGUGGGCCGGAGCCACCGCUCCAGCAUCGGCAAGGCGCGGCUCAAGGAGGCCAUCGAGAAGACGCGGAGCGUGCUCGGCGUGCCCGACGACUACCGCAUCGGCGUCGUGCCCGCGUCGGACACGGGCGCGAUCGAGAUGGCCAUGUGGUCCAUGCUCGGCGAGCGGCCCGUCGACGUCUGCCACUGGGAGAGCUUCGGCAAGACCUGGUUCGGCGACGUCACGAACCAGCUCAAGCUAUCGGACGUGACCGAGUUCAACGCGGCCUACGGCGAGCUGCCCGACCUCGCGGCGACGCGCAAGGACCACGACGUCGUCUUCACCUUCAACGGCACGACGUCCGGCGUGCGCGUGCCCGACCUCGACUGGAUCGCCGACGACCGCACGGGCCUCACGUUCAACGACGCGACUUCCGCCGCGAUGGACGUCGACUGGUCCAAGGUCGACGUCACGACCUACUCCUGGCAGAAGGUCAUGGGCGGCGAGGGCGCCCACGGCAUGCUCAUCCUCUCGCCCCGCGCCGUCGAGCGCCUCGAGUCCUACAAGCCCGACCGGCCGCUGCCGAAGAUCUUCCAGCUGGCCAAGAAGGGCAAGGUCGACGAGGCCCUGUUCACGGGCGCGACGAUCAACACGCCGUCCAUGAUCUGCGUCGAGGACUACCUCGACGCGCUCACCUGGGCCGAGUCCAUCGGCGGCCUCGAGGGCCUCAAGAAGCGGUCCGAGGCGAAUCUGGCCGCCGUCGCGAACUGGGUCGACGCGACGCCCUGGGCCCACUUCCUCGCCAAGGACCCGAAGACGCGGUCCAACACGUCCGUCUGCCUCACGCUCGACACGGCGCCGGACAACGUCAAGAAGAUGACCAAGUACCUCGAGGACGCCCACGUCGCCUACGACAUCGGCGCGUACCGCGACGCGCCGCCGGGCCUCCGCAUCUGGUGCGGCGCGACCGUCGAGACGUCCGACGUCGAGGCGCUCCUCCCCUGGAUCGAGCACGCCUACGCCAAGGUCAACUAG